AUGAAGCUCACUACCCUCUCCGCCGUACUCGCCCUCGCCCCGUCUGUUCUCGCAGAUUGGCAUUUUGCAAAGGGUAAAGAGAUCAAGUAUACCUCUGUAGAGGGAUUUUUUAAACAAGAUGAUCUCGCUACUGAUCCCAGCACAUUUGACUAUGCGGACUGGAACUUUGGUCUCUUGAACCGUACAUACCCAACAGACCCCAAGAACCCACGCAAGGGUUACAAGACACAAUGGGAGCGCUUCGAGCAGUACGUCAAGCAUCUCAACCGCAAUGCCAGCCGCGAUAGAACUCGUUACAAGGUUCUUGUCAUGGGUCGACAUGGUGAGGGUUAUCAUAACGCUGCUGAGGCUUACUACGGAAAAGCUGCCUGGAACUGCUACUGGGGCCCUCUACCUGGCAACGGUACAUCAGUCUGGGAAGAUGCCCUCCUCACCACCGCAGGCGUUGCCGAGUCUCACAAAGCAAACGCUUACUUCAAGUCGCGUUUCGAAGAAGAGGGCAUGCCUUAUUUCGACAGCUACUACGCUUCUCCCCUCGCGCGCUGCGUACAGACCGCCCACGAAACCUUUACAGGCAUCAAGCUUCCCAAGGACAAGCCUUUUGUUCCCAUGGUCAAGGAACUUUUGCGCGAGGGUAUUAGCAUUCGCACAUGCGAUCAUCGCGGUAACAAGAAGUACAUCAGCUCUCUUACCCCCAAGAUCAAGUUUGAGAAGGGUUUCAGCGACAAUGACCCUUUUUGGACGGGUGUUAAGGGUGAGACGGAUGAGCAUCAAUUGGAGCGAAGCAAGGAGGUCUUGGACGACAUUUUCACAAGUGAUAAUGCUGCUUGGAUUAGUAUCAGCAGUCACUCUGGUGAGAUCACAAAGCUCCUCCAGGCUUUGAACCAUCGACCUUUCCGUCUCGCGACAGGUCAGAUUAUUCCUGUUCUUGUUCGGGCUGAUGUCGUGGUUGAGGAGCCUACUUCUACGUUUGCCUCUUGGACUGCUGAAGCUACUUGCGAUGCUCCUCCUGUGACGAGUGUGUGGCCUGGUGGUUGUGUUUGCUCUAGCACGGCUACGUUGGCAUCUACACCUGCAAAGGCGACAUGA